AUGCCUUUGAUGUUUACUCUUGUUUAUAUCACCAAUGCAUUGAUAGCUGCUGGAUUCAAGGAGAUGAGUAGUGAUGAACUCAAGGAUAGUUAUCUUGCUUCACCUGAUGAUGCUCUUGAAGAUGUAAACAUUAGCGACGACUUUUUAUCCAAGAAAUAUAAGUAUCCAUUUGGGAUGCUAAAAAUAGGGAAUAUGAUAUCCAAGAAUAUUUUAAUGAAAGGAUAG